CAGGUGGCGCCGAGUAGCGGAUUUUACUUUGUGACCCUGAACCGGAAAUACCCCGUGCCGAAGCGGCUCAUGGGAAGAACACGAGGAGGAACGCGCAAAUUACAAACAGCACACAGAUUACAGGUUUGAGUUACAGACCGUAAAAUAAAUACAGGCUUUUGCCAAGUAAUAACAAUGCGAUUAGAGUCAGGGGUUUAAGAAUGCCAGUCCUUCCCCAGAAUAACCUUCAGAAACAGCUGGAGCUGCAUUCCACCAAAGCUGCCCAGAACAAACUGUCACUGCCAAAACCCAAACCAGGGUGCUUUACCUUUAAAAAGAAGACACCAUCAUGUAGUACUGCAGUGUCUGUUUCAUCCAAGGUAACACCAUCUGUUUUAGUGGACAAGGACGUUAAUGUUUAUCAUGAUUGCACAGUGACUGAACCUCUGACACCUCUAAUCAAGCCUAAAGAACAGCAAGCAAAAAUCAACAGCUUCUUUGAGUCAAGCUCCAAGCUGCACAAACUGAAGUUUACACCAGACGUGACUAAACCAAUAGUGAACAGUACCAAGCCAGAGUGGCAAGCUGCUAAAAUUGUACCAGAGACAACUAAACCAGAUGAGGGAAGCAAAACACUUGAGACUGCUAAAGAGCCUGACUUUGAUCAGUCCUUUGGCAUUGAUAUCAAUGAAUGGGAUGACCUUGAAGACUUUGACACAUCUUUUAAAGACAAAAGCAUUACAGCAGCUAGCCGAAACCAUUCCGGGAAGAACUCUAAAACUCAGAAUGAAUCCAGUACAAAAAAUCCAAGUUUAAAAAAAAAAGGAACAUUCAAAGAUUCAUCUUCUAAAAACCUGGACAGCAAGGGCAGUGAUGAAACCCAUGAGGAAGGGCAGCUUGGCAAGAGCAGGUUUGUAUCCAGUUUAGAGGAUUCGGACAGGUCUUUGACGUGCCUGAGUGUUUGUGCUCCCCAGAAAGACACACAUGAGGGGAGUGGGGAUGAAGAGGAGGAUAGUCCUGUGAAAGGUACUAGGAAGCGUCACUUUGCACAACCAAUAGAUAUUCUGAGUGACAGCGAAGAACAACACACAGAAAAGGACAUACCUGUAAAUGGAAAGUGGAAAGGUGCUCUGAGUAAACAGAGCGACACAGAUAUUAUAGCUAUCGAUGAUCCUGAAGAGAAGCAGAAUGACAAACCUGACUUUGAGGAAGAGGACAUUGAUUUUAUUCCACCCUCUCCAGAGAGUGAAAUAUUCCCUUCUCCUCCUUUUCUAAAGCCCUGCAGUGAUUCAGGAAAAUGUGGUUCUAGUGAUAAGACACUCUUUUCGUCAAAUGGAUCUAUUCUCAAACAAACUGAUGUGGAUUGCAUCCAGAACAAAGCCAGUGGCUUGGGAUCAGAAGAUCAGCUGUUUAGCGUAAUGGAGGAGAUUUGCAGGUUGGUUGAUUCUAUCCCUUCUCAUGAACUGAAAGCACUGUCCUGCGGAAGCCAGCUUCUCCAGCAGAGGGAUCACAGGAAAAAGCUUGUUGCUCAGACUUCCGAUGCACAGUUGAGGUGCACCGAUACCAGUUUUGGUUCUGUCACCCAGCCCUUUUCCUGUCAUUCAACUCAAAUUAGUACUGCUGCUAAGAAUGAUCAGCCUUCUACUAAGACUUUUCAGUUCAGAAAAUCAUCUUCAAUCCCUUGCGAGGACAGUUUUUUCAAUGACUUAGAGCUGAGUGCUAUAAAUGGUAUUCAAACCCCUGACCAGACUCCAAACAUCUCCUCAAGACCAAGUGCUUCAUCCUAUACCAGUCUUGGUGGACAACAAAAGGGCAGACUGUCUACAAACAGUGAUUAUAAAGAGUCACCUUCAGCUGUCUGUUAUACCAAAUCUCCCUCUCCAGAGGCGGAGGAGGAACACGAUUGCUGGUAUUCACCUAAACCACAAAGCAGUAGUAACAGAGCUCCAGAUCAAACAAAUGGCAAUAUAACUGAACCGGAUGAUAUGGGUACUUUUCUCGAUGAUGACGAUUUUUUCUUUGACAUAGAUGAUUUUGAUGAGGGAGAUAUGGGUGAUUAUCAUGAUAGUGUGUCAAACACUAGUACUGCAGCUAAAAAGCUGUCUGAUUCAGUGUUUCAACCAGUCAAAGAAGGUGGACCUAGCAAAUCACUGUGGGAAAAGAAGGCUCCAGUGGUUAAUGGAACCAAUCUUGGUUUAAACCUUUCUUCAAUGUCCAAGCCAACACCAACUCAGAGCAGCAAAAGUUCUUCAGACCAAGCUAUUAGUAAAAAUCCAGCCCAUGUUCGAUUCCAGGGAUUCAACUUCCCGCACUCCAAGGAAAUGAUGAAGAUUUUCCACAAACGAUUCGGUCUUCAUCGGUUCCGAACCAAUCAGCUGGAAUCCAUUAAUGCUGCAUUGCUGGGUGAAGAUACUUUCAUCUUGAUGCCCACUGGUGGUGGUAAAAGUCUUUGCUACCAACUUCCAGCCUGUGUUUCACCAGGAGUUACUGUUGUAAUCUCUCCUCUUCGGUCCCUAAUAGUAGACCAGGUUCAGAAAUUGACAACAUUGGACAUCCCUGCUACAAAUUUGACUGGGAAUCAGAGUGAGGCUGAAUCUGGCCGUGUGUUUAUGCAGCUAGCAAAGAAAGACCCCAUUAUUAAGCUCUUGUAUGCUACCCCUGAGAAGGUGUCUGCAAGCAACAGGCUGAUCAGUACACUUCAAAAUCUGUAUGAAAGAAAGCUACUGGCACGAUUUGUCAUUGAUGAAGCCCAUUGUGUCAGCCAGUGGGGUCAUGAUUUCCGGCCAGACUUUAAGAGAUUACAUGAGUUGCGCGAGAAGUUUCCUAACGUUCCAAUAAUGGCCCUGACAGCUACAGCCAACCCCCGCGUCCAAAAGGAUAUUCUUAAUCAACUGAAGAUGUCGAAGCCACAGGUGUUUACUAUGAGCUUUAAUAGGCAUAACCUGAAGUACGAAGUUCUUCCAAAAAGACCAAAGAAGGUGGCUGAGGAAUGCAUUGACUGGAUCAGAAAGCAUCACCCACGCAACUCUGGUAUUAUAUAUUGCUUGUCUCGAAAGGAUUGUGAUACCCUGGCUGACAAUUUACAGAAAGCAGGUAUUGCUGCCUUAGCUUAUCAUGCUGGCCUGAAGGACAGAGAGAGAGAUUUUGUACAACAUAAAUGGAUCAAUCAGGAUGGCUGCCAGGUAAUGUGUGCCACUAUUGCAUUUGGGAUGGGGAUUGAUAAACCUGAUGUGCGGUAUGUGAUCCACGCUAGCCUGCCAAAGUCUAUAGAAGGAUAUUAUCAGGAAUCUGGACGAGCCGGAAGAGAUGGUGAAAUAUCCCAUUGCCUGCUCUUUUACUCUUACCAGGACGUUAUUAGAAUCAGACGACUUAUAGAAAUGGAGAAAGAUGGAAACAAACACACAAAGCAGACCCACUAUAACAACUUGAACAGUAUGGUGCAUUUUUGUGAGACUGUGGUGGACUGUCGCAGAAUUCAGUUGCUGGCUUAUUUUGGAGAAACUACCUUCAACCCCAAUUUCUGUAAGGAGCACCCGGAGGUCGUCUGUGACAACUGCUCUAGAACAAAACAAUACAAGUCAAGGAAUGUGACAGAAGAUGUGAAGAGCAUAGUCAGAUUUGUUCAAGAAAAAUGUGAAAAAGUUGGAGCAAGACAGAACAGAGGAGCACAGGGCAACAGACUCACUCUCAACAUGUUGGUUGACAUAUUCUUAGGUAGUAAAACUGCCAGAAUCCAGACUGGUUUGUUUGGUAAAGGAGCAGCAUAUUCCAGACACAAUGCUGAAAGGCUCUUUCGGAAGCUGGUUCUGGACCGGAUACUGGAGGAAGAUCUGUACAUCACAGCUAAUGGCCAGGCUGUUGCUUACACUUCUGCAGGGGAAAAAGCUAUGUCUGUUCUUAAUGGCUACAUCCAGGUAGAGUUCCAUGACACAGAAAAUGCCUCCACUUUAAGGAAGCAAAAGGCAACAGUGGCCAAAAAUGUCUCAAAGCGGGAGGAGAUGGUCCAGAAAUGUGUUCAGGAACUCAAUGAUCUAUGCAAGAAGCUGGGCAAGGUCUUUGGAGUACAUUACUACAACAUCUUUUCUACAGCCUCCAUCAAGAAGAUUGCUGAGACAUUGUCAGCUGACCCACAAGCUCUUCUUGAGAUUGAUGGUGUAACUGAAGACAAGCUGGAGAAGUAUGGGGCAGAACUCAUCGACGUCCUACAGAAGUACUCUGAAUGGCAACUGCCUGCGGAGGACCAAUUGGAGAAACCUGGUGUUUCUGAUGGCUGGAUUAAUACCGCAAGGGAUGAAGAUAGAGCUGGGGGUGAUGACGAAGAUGGAGGAAGUUCCACUUAUUUCGGCAAUAAAAAUGCGAGAGGAGGAAAACGAAAGAAAGCGCCCUAUUUCAGGAAUUCCAAAAAGAGAAAAGGUGGCAAUGGUGGGCAGCAGCCGGCUGCAAAAGGAGGCUACAAGAGUAACUAUUCAAAGGCUUCACAUACGAGUUCCAGAGGUGGAUAUAACGCCAGACCUCAAAGUACAGCAGGUUACAACUUCAGUGCAGCAGGGGUGGCGGCAAGCAAGAGACCUGGCUUCAUGGCAAUGCCAAUGCCAAGACCCAACCAGCGGGGCUUUCUCAAGCCUUCUUUUGCAAUGGCGUAGUCCGUGGAAUCCCUACUAUACCAUAGUCAAGGUUCUUGUAAGCAACAUUAGUGUUGCUGAAUAUUAUAUUAUGAAAACUUAUAAAAAAAGAGGAAAGGCUAGCUCAUAAAAUAUUAGGAUCACCAGUAUGACAUUCCACAUGCUUGUAAAGGGCAUGGGUGUGGAGUUUCAGAUUCCUGUGUUGUUUAACAUGCUCCCUCAGUAUACCCAUAGGGAAUGGAGAUUCCGCAACACAGGUGGCUUUAUAGUCAUAUGUCUACUGUGCAGCAACAUGGAAAACCAGUGUGUUGUGUUUUAUUAGCUUUGUUAAAAGUAUGUUCUUUCUAUUUCAGGGCUUGAAAUGCAUGUUUUGUAUUGGGCUUUCAGCUUCUCCUUUUUAAGUUUCCAUCUGCAGUAAUAACUGAAAUGUAACACUCGUGACUUUGUUUUGCAGCUGGAUCAGAUAUCUUUGUUAAAAAUCUGCAGUUUCAUUCCUGGCCGGUUUGCUUUAUUUGUCGUCAUCCCCCAUGUCUUUUUUUUUUUAAUUUAGCAUUUUGUUGUUGCUCUUUUUGAUGUUUUUACUUAUGUAAUAUGUACAUAAUAAAUUUAUUUUAAAAAGCAGUGUAUUAAAGAGAAAGUUUUUAAAGGA